AAAAGUGGGUGAGACAGUUCCUGUUUCAGAGAAGACAGCCUCUUCAGCAAAGACCAGCUCAAAGAAAACUGAAGAUAUUUGAAGCGAAGAACAUGCUAAAACAAUGUUUAACUACUCUUGAGGAACUCCAAUUUUUGCAUGCUAAACUGUCUUCAAAACGAGAUACAGUAAAUUGUUCAGAGUGGCAAAUGGAAUUUGAGGACAUCAGUAAGAAGAGAGUUGAUGUGCAAGAAAAGCUAAAAUAGUUGAGUGAUCCAGCCAUUCUAAAGAUGUUACAGGUGUCUCUUGCAAAACGCAAGAAAAAAGGAAAAUAUCAAAAACGACAGAGAGAAAACUGGCAUUUAAUUAAGGCCGAAAAACAGGCAGAGAGACAAAAGCUUCACAAAGAAAUAGAUACAUGGAUAGAAAAUAUGCAGGAAUCGGUGGAAAAGGCAAAAAUGGAAGACAGUCUGAAGUUGGAGGCAGAUGUGACGAAGAGGAAAGCGGAAGCCCGUCGACAAUUGGCACUACUCUCAGCAUUGGCUCGACUGAGGAAACUCCGGAUUCAAAUGGCCCUAGGACGCGGAGAAAAAGUGUCAUCAGAAUUGGAUGCUUGUUUCUCUCGUGUUAUUGAUAAUCUUAAGAGUCUUUGGGAAGAGAAAAUGGAAGAAUAUGCUCUGGAGGAGAAAGGGCUCAGAGUGAGGUUAACAGAAGCAGUUGAUGAACGUAAGAUUAGAUAUGACAGGACAGUUCUAGCCCAAUGGAAAAGGUUACUGUUUGGACACAACCAAGCUGACAUUCUAAGUUUUUAUGCAGCAGCAGAGAGGAACAUCGAAGAUUUCCUUGCUAUCAUGUGCUCCUGGGAUAAAUGUUUGGUUCCUGCAAGUGCUCCAAUGUCUUCUGCAAUUCCAAUUGGUUGGGUAUUACCAACAUAUCCUUCAUCUGGUGCAUGGGAAGCUUUACUAUCAUCCAAAACUCAAGAUGAUUAAUUGUUUUUAAUGCUUAAGGUUUGAAGAAAGAAUUAUUUGUAUUUUUGCCAGCAGUAAAUUAUACUAAUAAACAAAAAUGAAAAGUAAA